AUGGCGGAUGUCUUAUUUUCCUCCAACCUCUUAUGGGUGGCUGGUGUCGCACUUGUCGCUGCAUGUGUAUAUCGAGCGUCUGAGUUUCGAAAUCUCGAUCACAUCCCAUCUGUGGGAUCGUCUAGCCUAUUAGGUUCAUAUUGGACCGCAAUUAAAUUUCACACAAGCGGUUCAAAGAUCGUUCAGGAAGGUUAUAACAAACACAAGGCAGCCGCCUUCAAAGUCCCUACAUUAGGUCAUUGGGUUGUCGUGCUGAAUCGCAAUCAUCUCGGUGACAUCAUCAGGACCUCUGACAAAGAACUGUCUUUCCAUAUGGCCUUAGAGGACUUUAUUAAAACGAAAUAUAUUUUUGGCCCUCAGAUUAUGGGCGAUGCAUACCAAAAUACAAUUGUAAAAUCACGCCUUACCCAUAAUCUCUCCACGAUUAUAUCCGACGUCGCAGAUGAAAUAGCGGCUGCACUUGACAAAACAUUGAACCUAACAGAAAAUGAGUGGAAAUGCUUGCCGGUACUGGAGACCGUCGAGAAGGUCGUUUGCAGAGCAGGCAACAGAAUUUUUGUCGGUUACCCCCUCUGCCGAGAUCCGGAUUGGAUUGAGUUGAAUAUGCAACUCACCAAUGCCAUCAUCAAAGAAGGACUUAUCUUGUCCCUUUUCCCUAAGUUUAUGCUGCCACUAGCCGCAAGACUUGUAACGAAAACUACCAAUAGGAAUAGACGCGGAGCUGGACACUUGGCUCCCAUGAUCAUAGAGCGACUAAAGCACAUGAAAGAACACGGAAAGAAAUGGAACGAUAAGCCUGACGACUUCCUACAAUGGUGCCUGGAUGAGGGAAGGGAGACUUCUGCAGAUUUACUAGCCGCCCGUAUACUUGUCAUCAACUUCGCAGCGACUCACGUGGGUGAUUUUACUUUCGCUCAAUCGCUCUAUUGCCUAGCCGCAAAUCCCCAAUAUAUUCAGCCUCUCCGUGAGGAGGUUCAGACAAUAAUUGGCAAGGAUGGUUGGACGAAGGAGGCGCUGGCUAAAUUGCGGAAGGUUGAAAGCUUUAUCAAAGAAACACAGCGUUUCGAAGGCAAUGCUUCUUUGGGUGUCAUGCGAAGAGCCUUGAAAGAUAUCACUCUUUCUGAUGGAACGUUCAUUCCAACAGGAACGUAUGUCUGUGUUGCGUCUCAUGCCAUUCAUCGUGAUCCUUGCGUCUACGAGGAUCCCGAUGUCUUCGAUCCCUACCGAUAUAUCAAAUUGCAAGAGAAGCAAGGCGACAGUUCUCGUUACCAAUUGGUUACCAUCGGCCCUGAGUGGUUGAUGUUUGGAAUCGGGAAGGCGGCCUGUCCUGGCAGAUUCUUUGCAGCGAUGAUGCUCAAGCUUAUGCUCGCGCAUAUCGUCCUAUCGUAUGAUCUGAAACUCGGGGAUAUUUCCUACCCAGCAAGCGUAUGCAUUGGACCAGCUAUUGCUGCCAAUCCUUCUGCCAAAAUCAUGUGGGCCAGACUGCUGUUGAGCACGACAACUGCACAGAAUUCGGGCGGAAAUGUGAACAAGAGGUGGGUCGCCCACACGCAACUGCCGAAGAGCAGCAUAUUCGCACGCUUGUUGUACCCUUGA